AUCCACCAUGGCUUCCACACAUCCCUCCACACCACGCCGCUGGCGGCGCCGACGACCACGAAAUGUCGUCGACGGCGUCGCAGCGUGCGCUCGACUACCUCGAGCAGCUGCCGGGCACCACCUUCACCAAGCUGUACCAACAGCCCUCCACCGCCCUCGCCAUCUUCCGCCGCAUGCUGCCUCACCUGGCUAAAACACUCGUGAUGGCGAUGUUGUAUAUGCCCAAACCCUUCGCCGUCGCCGACGUAGAUGUGUGGAUCAAGCCCGAUGCCGAGGGUCUGCAGGCGAGAGAUAGAGCGCUCAGUAUCCUGCAGCGCCUGCGCAUUCUAUUCGACACGCGUGAUGAGAAGGAUGGCCGUCCGGCGUACAAACUCAGUGAUGGUUUUGCGCGCAGUCUGAGGAUGGCGCUCACGGGUGGUGGCAAUCACCGGUCCUUUGGCGUGCCCAGCAAUGCGCCGGAUAAACAACCCGUCUCCGGCUCGUACUUGGAUGCCUUUGCGCGCCAGCAGUGGGAAGCCAUCCUCUACUACGUAGUCGGCAGUGCGCACGCAGGCCUCGGCGGCUCCACGGAUGCCAUCAGCGCCGGCACAAAGCAACUACUCCAGAAAGGCGAAUUCGUCUCAGUCCGUGGCCGCGAAGCACACAUCACCCAACGCGGCUUCACAUUCCUACUACAAGAGAUCAACGCGCAAAUAUGGACGCUCUUAAUCGUCUACCUCGAGGUCUCCGGCGCCUUACACAUGGACCCCGUUGACGUCCUAUCCUUCCUCUUCACCCUCGGCUCCCUCGAGUUAGGCAUCAGCUACAGCACCACCAACCUCACCCCAACCCAACAACAAAUGCUCGACGACCUCUCCGACUUCGGCCUCGUCUACCGCCGCAGCAAUGACGAAGCCCGCUACUACCCGACCCGCCUUGCUACAACCCUAACAAGCGACGCCCCGGCCCUCCCCAACACCUCCCUAACCUCCACCACAAGCACCACCACCCUCGCCUCCUCUUCAACCGACCCCAGCGCGAGUGCAAACGAAAAGGGCUACAUAAUCCUCGAGACAAACUACCGCCUCUACGCCUACACCUCCAGCCCCCUACCCAUCACAAUCCUCUCCCUCUUCGCCACCCUCAAAACCCGCUACCCCAACCUCAUUACCGCCAAACUCACCAAAUCCUCCAUCCAAUCCGCCAUCGCCUCCGGCAUCACAAGCGAUCAGAUAAUAACCUACCUGACCACGCACGCCCACCCCAUCUUGCGCCGGCAGAACCCGGUCUUACCACCCACAGUCGUGGAUCAGAUCAGACUCUGGCAGAUCGAGGGCGAGCGGAUGACGGCGUGGAAGGGGUUUUUGAUCAGGGAUGUGGGGACGGCGGAGGAGUACGAUAAGGCGGUGCAGUAUGCGGAUGCGCUGGGGGUGUUGCGGAAGGAGUUUAGGGGGAAGGGGUGGUUUUUUGUGAGUCGGAUGGAUCAGAUGAGUGUUUACUUUCGGGCGCAGGCGGCCAAGAAGAAGGAGGCAAUGGCGAGGAGGGAGGGUUGAGUGGUUUUGCUGGAUUGUGGGUCAGAUGCUUCAGGUGCGGGCAUAGCGAUGGAGUCUGGGUGGGUUAGAGUUCAGGCUCAAAGCGGUUGGUACCAGUAGGUAUGAGUGUCUUGGGGCUCAUACUUCGUUCCACAACGAACAUUCUGCCA